AAGUUUUUAUUAAAUUAAGAGAAAAUGAAGAAAUUUUCCUUGUUCAAAGUUCCCAAGUCAUACUUCCCAAUUAUGACAUGGGUCACAAAGUGGACUUCACUAUCGUACGGUAUUCCCAUAGUGGUAAAAAAUGACACAAGUUUGCUAAAAUUGACCAAAGUGAUAAGCACGAGAAGAGAGAAAUUAAGUCACUUUUUUGCCCAAUUUGUCCUCUUCUUUUACACAAUCGUAUUUUCAGCUUGGUUUUAUAGUAAUAUUUUACGGGAUAAUAAGUCGACUCCAAUUCCAAUUUGGGGAAAAGUGAUGUCUUUUCAUUUCUUUUCGUCAUACAUUGAAAUAUUUGUGGAUCAAAUUGUGCUUUAUUUUCGAAGACAAGAGCUAAAUUUACUACUGAUAGCGACAACCUGGAUGGAGGAGGAGUGCAUUGAGAGAGGUGCAUCAAAUUACGUCUCGCCAAAAAUCCUCUUUGGGAUUGCCACCACACGGUAUUCUUUACCUCUAGCUCCACUUAUCUUGGGCUUGUUAGGAUUUUUUCGACCCUGUACACCGCCCUCAAUCGCGGGGGCUUUAUUCCUUAGCUGUUCCAAAGACUGGGAUGAUGUCGAAGAGGGAAGCCUUGUGAUAAGAAGUGUCAAUGGGCUACUCCAAUUUUACGUGUUUUACGUGUAUUCCUCUGUCAUCGUAAUAACUUUGGAUAGGAUCAUUAUCUACCCUUCGGUGAUGAUCGAGCUGUGGAUUGGCGUAAUUAACAGGAAACUUCAAACCUCCCAAGGGUCACUGAAAUUCAAUUACGAAGAACAUCUGAAACAAUACAGGGUGGCCCAAGUAGCACAAAACUUGGUAAAUUGCGUCAUGUCGAAGCCAUUCCUUGCCAUGUUUCUCGCCUUUUCGAUCGAGGGGCAGAUUUCGUCUCUCUACAUAAUCAUCUCAUCUUGGUCAAAAUUAUCGGCCAACGUUGCCCUGUUUUUCCUGCUCAUGGUGAUAGAUUUCUUUGCAGUUAUUCAGUUCAUGUUCCAUUCUUUGAGUUAUUCGCAUGUCGCGUCGGUCAAGUUUGUGAAGAAUGCGAGAAGAAUUUCUAAUCAGAUUGGAAGGGAUACCUGGUUCAGAAAAUUUCUACGAUCAUGUGCCCCCUUAAAGGUGGGGAUGGGUGAUGGUAAAUAUUUCGAUGAAUUGACAACCUUCGUCAUUUGGCAGUUUUGUGUGGAUCGCUUAAUUAACUUGUUGCUGCUUGAAUAAGGUAGUCAUACAUGUGGCACCGAUAAUUUUAAUAUUUAGAACU